CGAACGGGCUUAGCUUGGCUGCUGACGAGGGGCAUUGAUAAUUCGAUAGUGAAAAACCCUCCCCAACGAUUCCUUCGACCAGUUUCCUUCACCUCCCAAUCAUCCUCCUUCUCCCACCAGUUCGUUCUUCCGCCUUUACUCUUUAAUCCGAACCGCUAUCUCAUAGCAGUUCCUAUCUACUCCUUCCACCCCGCACUUCCAGUAAUCCAGCCCUCUCAGCAAUCACAAUGUCUGCUCCCGCUUCCAAGUUCAAGGUCGCCGACCUCUCCCUCGCUGCCUUCGGCCGCAAGGAGAUUGAGCUGGCCGAGAACGAGAUGCCCGGCUUGAUGUCUAUCCGCAAGAAGUACGCUGCGGACCAACCUCUGGCUGGUGCCCGCAUUGCUGGCUGCCUGCACAUGACCAUCCAGACUGCCGUUCUCAUCGAGACUCUUACUGCUCUUGGUGCUGAGGUGACAUGGUCGUCUUGCAACAUCUUCUCCACCCAAGACCACGCCGCUGCUGCCAUUGCUGCUGCCGGUGUUCCCGUCUUUGCUUGGAAGGGCGAGACCGAGGACGAGUACAAUUGGUGUCUGGAGCAGCAGCUGUCCGCCUUCAAGGAUGGCAAGAAGCUCAACUUGAUCCUUGACGAUGGCGGUGACCUGACCCACCUCGUCCACGACAAGUACCCCGACAUGCUUAAGGACUGCUACGGUGUCUCUGAGGAGACCACCACCGGUGUUCACCACCUGUACCGCAUGCUUAAGAACAAGACCCUCCUUGUCCCCGCCAUCAACGUCAACGACAGUGUUACCAAGAGCAAGUUCGACAACUUGUACGGCUGCCGUGAGUCGUUGAUUGACGGUAUCAAGCGUGCUACCGACGUGAUGAUUGCUGGCAAGAUCGCGGUCGUGGCUGGUUUCGGUGAUGUCGGCAAGGGCUGUGCCAUGGCUCUCCACGGCAUGGGUGCCCGCGUUAUCAUCACUGAAAUCGAUCCCAUCAAUGCCCUCCAGGCUGCCAUGGCUGGCUACCAAGUCAUCCCCAUGGAGCAGGCCGCCAAGCUUGGCCAGAUCUUCGUCACCACCACCGGUUGCCGUGACAUCAUUGUUGGCGAGCACUUCUCUGCCAUGCCCAACGACGCCAUUGUCUGCAACAUUGGCCACUUCGAUUGCGAGAUCGACGUUGCCUGGCUCAAGGAGAACGCCUCCAGCUGCCAGAACAUUAAGCCCCAGGUUGACCGCUUCCUGAUGCCCAGCGGCCGCCACAUCAUUCUGCUUGCCGAGGGCCGUCUUGUGAACUUGGGCUGUGCCACCGGCCACUCCUCCUUCGUCAUGUCUUGCUCCUUCAGCAACCAGGUUCUUGCCCAGAUCAUGCUGUUCAAGGCUGAGGAUAAGGCUUUCGGCGAGAAGUACGUUGCUUUCGCCAAGACUGGCAAGUUGGACGUCGGUGUCUACGUUCUCCCCAAGAUUCUUGACGAGGAGGUCGCCAGACUCCACUUGGCACACUGCAACGUCGAACUGACCACGCUCAGCAAGGUACAGGGCGAGUACCUGGGUCUUGAUGUCGAGGGUCCCUACAAGAGCGAUCACUACCGCUACUAAGCACCGCGGUGUAUAAAUAAUCUCGGCCCGCAUCGUCUUAGAGAUCCUCAACCAUCUCGGACGCAUUUCUUUUUCACACCCCACCUACCCAUAUACCAUACUACUUUGAAAGCAACUUAGGGGUAUGGUUGUGUUUUCAACAAAGCAUGAAUUUACGGCAUAAACUGGCAAUCGAGAGGGCGAUCUCGGGGAAUCAAAAAGGGACACAUUUUUCAACAAAAAGGCGUUGGCAACUGAUGAUGCAUGAUUCCCCUCAUCGGCGUUUCUUCAUAAUUUCUUCAUGCAUGAAGUAUGUUUGGUCCACUCCAUAGUUCGACUACAGCUACAUUGGAAAGCUGUGAGAUGAUUGGACGCACGGAGAGGCCCUUCAACCGGGUCUAGUAGAUAAGAGGUAGCAGAAUGGACACUCCAGAGUCUGCUAGUAUUGAUUUCAGUUCAUACUAAAAUAGAUGCGUGAUUCGUGUUGUUUCCACAAGAA